UGCUGCAGUAUAUUCAGCACGCACAUGUGUUAUGGUUUAGAAUCACGGCUGACAGCUGUAGGAGAAAGAUCUCGCGUACCCACGCUCAGUUUCCUAAGGCAGCUAUCGGAUUAAAAAGAUAUUAGGGAAGUAAUCGUGCAUCAAAUCACGGGGGUUGGAUUUCUAAAUUCUGUAUUAUGGGUGCAUGUUGUUGAAGAUCUUGUUUCACGAAGUCCAGACGGAAAAAGGUCAGCGCAUCCACAGCAGGUUGGCUGCCGGUGUGUCCCGGGUCAUUUCACCGGUCCGUCUGGUGAAGACUGCACCACGCGCCGGACUAGUUAGAUACAUUAUCUUGUGUUUGAAAAGCUGACCAUCACAUUGGUUGUUUUCAAUCAACAGAAACCUGUCUAUUGGAGUACACAUUGUGCCUAAAAAAAUGGCCACUAAAGUGAUAACAGUGCCCAUCAUGAGCACCAACGAUGCGGCCACCCGUUUCCGGCAGAACUGGCUGUCCCGCAACCCGCCUUCACCCCAGCUGCACAGCGACACUUCAAGCAAUGGCUCCACAGAAUGUAACCUGGACGACAGCCUGACCAGCCUGAAUUGGCUGCAGAACCUGCGGAUCAUGCGCAUCCAGCAGCCCACCCCGCCCAGCAGCCCCUCCCCGCUGGGCUCGGCCUGCCAGCGCCUCAACACCACCAUCACCAUCCAGGCUAAGGGUCCCAACGGCGGAAUCCCCCGACUUAAGACCACGCAAGAAGAAGCCAAGGCAAUAUCCCGCAUCGGACACCACCACCCAAUGACCACCACCACCAGCAUAGAUCAGAUUGACUACAAGACGAACCAGUACGUCAAGCCGCCCUACUCCUAUGCCACUCUGAUUUGGAUGGCCAUGAAGGCUUCCAAGAAGAACAAGAUCACACUGUCGGCCAUCUACAAGUGGAUCACGGAAAACUUCAAGUACUACCAGACGGCGGAUCCAAGUUGGCAGAAUUCCAUCCGCCACAAUCUCUCUCUCAACAAGUGCUUCAUGAAGGUUCCACGGAGGAAGGAUGAGCCAGGCAAGGGGGGAUUCUGGCAGAUUGACCCCGCCCACGCCGAUCUCCUGGAGAAUGGCAUCUUCAAGAAGCGACGGUGCAGCUCGACCAGAGACUUCUUCCCUGAGAACAUCAAACGGAUCAAGAUUGAGCCGAUCGACGAUGGGUAUGAGUGUCAUGACAAGCACCACAGUCGGAAACAGUCGGCGCCCAAGCGGAAAGCCCCAGACCACGACCAGCCGAAGUUCAGGCCGUUCCAGCUGAACAGUUUGGGCAGUGCUGACUUAUCCGACUCGGAUGACAAUCUGCCCAGUGCUGUCCUCAGAGGCGACAUUGGCUGGAAUUCCAUCUUUCAGUCGGAGAUUGACGUUGAAGGCAUCAAGGUCAAGACGGAAGACAUCUUGGACGAAGCCGAGCAAGACAGGUGCUCGUCCCCGUUUCUACAAAUCAGUCCGCCGCCGUCGAACGAGGCACCCCAGGACUUUGGGGACUUUUUGGACUUGUCCAUCAGCGGAGUGCAUAUACCGCGACCGGCCUGGUUCGAUGAGCACUUGCAUGAUCUAGACUUUACCUCCGAGGAGGCCGAGAUGCUGUUGAGUGGGAUUGACUUGCCUCCGUCACCGGUCAGCUCCAUUAACGACCAGCAGUCGCACCCUUGGGCUGAAGCGGGUGGUCCUGCCUCGUUUGAUGUGGAGGACUUGCUAGGCCUCCGGAGCGUUUCUGGAGAUGAUAUGCCUUGGGACCUAUCACUUCAACCUGUACCAUCACCAUGAACCAUUACAGCCAAUAAUUAUAAAUAUUCUAUAUUGUGUGCAUACCAAAAGGGCACAAUGUGCCAUAUUUAAUCCUACACUUGGAAAUAUUUAAUAAGAUUAGCCAUCACAUGACAGAAGUAAGAUCCAAUGCAAAAACAAAAUCUGCCCACCAUUUGGUGUCAUCUGGUAAGCAGCAUUGUGCAAAAUGGCCCAAAUCAUGAGUAUUGUUCCAUUAGAAUUUUAUAUUGUGCAGUAAAAGACAAUCAUGGUAUUCAUAUAACAAUUGAAUGCAUGUGGCUCCCAUAAUGUGCCUUAGCAAUGACUUUUGUCAAAUCAUGAUAGAAAAUUCAUUUUAGAUUUCGGAGUAAAAUCUGCAAUUGUGUCAGUCGGGUUUCAGCUUUAAAUAUAUAUUUUUUUGGUGUUCAUACCUUGCUCAUGAGCUGUGUUGAACUUCAGAACAUGUAAGUUUCACAGAAAAUCAUUAUCCUUAAAAUGGACAGAUACCUUGUUAAUGCUACCAAUUAAAUUCAGACCAGUUUUUGAGCCCUUCUGAUAUCCAAACAUUUUCCUAAUAAAAUGGAAACUUCACUGAAUCGCGAUGCCCAAAUUGAAGAAAAAUUAACAAAUGCAAAAAUGAAGGACUCCCCAAGGAUCAUGGAUGGUUAAAAUUGUAAUUUAAAUUAAAUUCAAGAGCUGGCUCUUGCCGUUUGCGGUGUAUUUUGCAUUUCAAAUAAUUGUAAAUAAUUUGUCUUGCCUGGCGCAAGAUAAAACAAAUCACUUCAGAGAAUCUAUAUAGUUAUAUUACAGUUUGCUUUUGGUGCAGCUUAGACCUAAUCGUGUUCGCUAUGUGUGAUUUUAAUUUUUGUAUUCACCUACUUGUCAUCUUCUGUGUGAAAUAAUGUGAUAAUGUUACUCGUGGUUCAUAAUGUAUUUUUAAUCUCACAGUCAGAGUCAUUCAUCAUGUCCUAGGGGUGGGCGUCAGAACCGGGUACCCGAGUUACCCCGAGUACGGUUCCAGAAUAUGGAAACAAGUACCCGUAACCAACUUGACAUGCUACUUAGUAACUUCUCUGACAAUGAAAAGGAAACAUUUCAAAUGUCAUUUGUGGAGAAUUUUCAAAAUGAAUACCGAGCUAAACGGAAAAACAAAACAGAUUCACGUUUAAGACGCUUGCGAAAAUGCACAUUAAAGAUACAUGCAGACCUAUUGAGCUCACUGUACACACCUUUAUCUUGCUGUAUCACGCACCGAUGUGGUGGUAGCGUGCCAAGCUUUAUGGACAAUCUGUACAGCAAUUUCCAAGAUUUUAAUUUUAGCCUUGGUUUCUUUAACAGAUACCUUUUAUUUUUUUAAAAUUGGGUACUCGAUUCUCGUACUACCUGUUUAUGCACACCCCUAGGAUGUCCAUGUCCAUACUGUAUUCAAUGCAAUUAUGAUUUGAUUUUUCAAAUUGCUGGUGUAUCUGCUGUUAAUGUGUUUCUUUUUACUUUGUCAUGCAAUAACAUUUUCAAACCACUGGUUCGUUUGCUACGCUCGCCCAAACCAAAAAAAAACAGUCAUUUUCUGUUGAAGGGGUACUUACAGACAUUUAAAUAAAAUUUCAAACAAUGCACUUAAUUAAUUAAUAUUUGAAACGUAAUACACAAUUUGGAUAUUUCAAUAUUUGUCCAAAACCUGCCCUAUUUGAUGUGUGACAUUUAGAAUCAACAGAACUCUGACUAGCACAUGUGCACUGAAUUAGCAAUCACAAUGAUUCCGUCCAAGUAUUUUUGUUCAUAUUGAAUUUACAGAUGUGAAGUCGCUCUAUUUUAUUUUUAAUGCCUUCAGUUUGGCUUGUAAAGAAAUAAAAAAUGCAAUAGAAAUACUA